CGCCAACAUCACUGACAGCCACGGCACGGAGGGGCUCGCCUGCGGCAUGGCUGAGAACUGCACAGGGAACGUGACGCAGCUGAGGCGGCAGGGUCACUUCUCCAGGUGCCCAGAGGAGUACAAGCACUACUGCAUCAGAGGGAGAUGCCGCUUCCUCGUGGCCGAGAAGGCACCGGCCUGCGUGUGCGAGCGAGGCUACACGGGGGCUCGCUGCGAGAGGGUGGACAUCUUCUACCUGCGAGGCGACCGGGGCCAGAUCGUGAUCAUCUCCUUGAUCGCCGCCAUCGUCACCCUCAUCGUCCUCAUCGUCUGCGCCUGCCUUUGCAGUCAGUACGUUGGGGGACAGGGCGAGGGGCGGGAAGGGAAGGGGCAGCCCUGGAUUGGGAGCGAAUCCUGCCCACCUCCGCCGGCUUGGGGCAAGUUGAAUUUGGGCUGCCCUGUUCAGGUGGGACACGGCCUCUGA